GCAGCAGUGAGGAGGUAAUCAUUAUUAUAAGCUCUGAUUACUGAGCGGACCCAGGUGACUUGACCGAUAAGAUGAUCCUAAAGCACAAAAGGAGUCCUCUGCUGCUCACCGUCACCUGCAUGUACUUCUCAGGAGGUUUGCUUUGGUCCUACCAAGAAGAGGAUGCCAGUGACGGUGAAGACUGCUCUGAAAAUAACAUUUCCACAACAAAGUACCCCUGCGUGAAGUCGACUGGGGAGGUCACCACGUGUUACAGAAAGAAGUGUUGCAAGGGCUUCAAGUUUGUCUUGGGCCAGUGCAUUCCUGAAGACUACGACGUGUGUGCUGGCGCCCCCUGUGAGCAGCAGUGUACUGACCAUUUUGGCAGAGUGGUCUGCACCUGUUACCCCGGCUACCGCUAUGACCGGGAGCGCCACAGAAACCGAGAGAAGCCCUACUGUCUGGACAUUGAUGAAUGUGCAGAAAAAAACAUGACUGUUUGCUCUCAGAUCUGCAUCAAUUCUGUGGGGAGUUAUAGGUGUGAGUGUGAAAAAGGCUAUUUUCUGGAAGAAGACGGAAAGACAUGCACCAAGGGGGAGAGAGCAGUGCAUCUCUUUGAGAAAUCUGAUAACGUAAUGAAUGCUGGAACUUGUUCAGCCACCUGUGACGAUUUCCACCAGAUCAAGAUGUCUGUCCUGCAGCUAAAACAAAAGAUGGCCAUGUUGUCAAACAGUGCUGAUGUUCCUGAACAGAUGACCAAUGAGAAAAUCCUGACAUCACCCAUAUUUUUACCAGGGCCUCCAGGGCUCCCUGGUCCUCCAGGAGAUCCAGGAACAAAGGGCCCUCCAGGACUUACAGGAAUGGUGGGUCCACCUGGCCAUCCUGGACCCAGGGGUUUGAUGGGACCCAUCGGUCCCACACCAGAUCUGUACCACAUCAAACGGGGCCCCCGAGGACCAGUGGGACCACCAGGAGCACCAGGAAAGGAUGGCCUAAAGGGGGACAGAGGAGCUCCUGGGCCUGCUGGACCACCAGGCCCUCCAGGCUCUUUUGAUUUCCUGCUUCUGCUGAUGGCAGACAUCCGUAACGACAUCUCCGACCUGCAAAGCAAGGUGUAUGGUCGACCGAUGCACACUCCAGUAGAGGACUUUCUUGUGGUCCCCGACAGCUGGAGGGACAACCGUGACAGUCUGGACACAGGCUCAGGUGAGGACUACAAGGAACCUCCACCUCCACCUCAAACUAGCGGGGGGUCCAAGAGGAACAAGAAGCGAAAACCAGCACAAGACAGAACAGACUUUGAUUGGAAUAUUUAAAGAGGGUGGAUUUAAACACUUUAUGACAGGUGUAAAUAUUGAAAUGGAUUGUUUUUUUUAUUUAACUUUUUUAAACUGAAUGUACUGUAUGCCUUUUAAUCACAGAAGUUUAUUUUUGUAUGAUAUAGAAGAUUAUGUGAGUAUUUUUUAACAAAAUGAGUAGACAUGCAAAUGCAUGUUUUGUUUUGCUUUUUUUUUACAUUUUAUAUUUUCAGAGACAUAUGGCUCCUUCACAGCACAUUAAACUAGUUUCCCAUGAAAGCAGUUUUUCCUCAUUAUUAUAUGAAAAUAUAUUGUAUCAGAAAGAAAAACACUGUACUUAAAUUAACAGGAGGGAUUAAAUUAGCAUGAAUGCUGGACUGGAGCAUUAGGAAUUUUCACUGUGCUUCUAAUGCUUUUUUAAUGUUAUCACAUUGCAUUGUUCUGUUUUCAUGGAAAAAAAAAAAGAAAACAUAAUAAAGGGGAAACUAA